CACCUCCGACUAUUCACAUCUCUAAGCCCGGUGACCAGCUGAUGACUGUUUGGGGGAGUGACUGAAAAUUUUCAAACGAAAACAAAGUCAAGAAUAGUGAAGAAAAAUGAACAAUGACAACCCAAAUAUAGUUUUUAACCCAUUGAUAAGUUGUAUCCAGAAAGUUGUGCUCUAUGAGACGAGAACGCGGCUCUAUUUAGUGGGAAGUAACAACAGGGAGACUCGGUUCCGCCUCUUGACAAUAGAUCGACUGGCUCAUAACCGUUUAAGUAUCGAGGAGAAUGCAAAUGAAUUCAACAGUCUGGAGAUACGUCGCUUUGUUGCCUCUCUUACGGGGUCGCCGAAAGUGACGUCUGCCUAUGGAGUCCUAGGAUUUGUGCGCUUCCUUGAGGGCUACUACUUGCUGCUGGUUACCAAACGCAAAUGCUGCGCCCACAUCGGACGUCACUUGGUCUAUACCAUAAAGGAUACGGUAAUGGUGCGCGUGAACGAGGUAACUUCGCAGAGGCCACCUCAUCCGCACGAGGAUCGUUAUAAACGAAUGUUCCAGAACAUUGACUUGCGCAGCAAUUUUUAUUUCUCGUACUCCUACGAUCUUACGCGUACGCUGCAAUACAACGAAUCCGCACCACGAUUUGUGGGUGCCAAGGUUGACCUGGACCAAGACGAACCUCUUCCUGACUGGAACACGCUAACCAACAAUGUGGCCAAGGCCCACGAGCGGGUGGAUUACGCCUUUCGAAGCGAUUCUCGCAAGCGGUUUGUUUGGAACGCAUACCUUUUGCAGCCCAUGGAGGGCAUUAUGCUAAAAGACUGGCUUCUGGAGGUUACACACGGUUUCGUUAGUCAAUCCUGCAUAAGCAUCUUCGGGCGGCACGUUAACGUUUGUCUGGUAGCCCGAAGGAGUUCACGUUUUGCCGGAACGCGGUUUCUCAAGCGUGGAGCUAAUUUUCAAGGCGACGUGGCUAACGAGGUGGAGACAGAGCAGAUUGUCAGCGAUGGUCAAAGAAUAUGCGCCUUCACCCAAAUGCGUGGUUCAAUACCUUCGCACUGGUCCCAGGAUAUCAGUAAGAUGGUCCCUAAGCCACAGAUUCAAUUGGACAUAUGUGAUCCAUAUGCGCAGACUCCAUCGCUUCAUUUCGAACGCCUUCUCUUUCACUAUGGUGCGCCCCUAAUCAUGCUGAAUUUAGUAAAGAAGCGGGAGCGACGCAAGCACGAGUCAAUCAUCUCCAAGGAGCUGGAGUACAGUAUUCGCUAUCUCAAUCAAUUCCUGCCUCCUCCUCAUCGCAUGAAGCAUAUCCAUUUCGAUAUGGCGCGUCAAAGUCGCCUGAGUGGCGGCAAUGUCAUGGAGCAACUAGCCAUUCAUGCCUCAAGCAUCGUUCAGAUGACAGGCAUGUUCUUUAAGGCGGCGGGCAGUGAGCCUGGCUUGCAAACUGGAAUCGUACGCACUAACUGCGUUGAUUGCUUGGAUCGCACCAAUUCAGCCCAGUUUGCUAUUGGAAAAUGUGCUUUGGGUCAUCAACUAGAACGCCUGGGUUUCGUUAAAUCUGCUAAGCUAGAAUUCGAUUCUGAUUGCGUUACAAUGCUGGAAAAUCUGUAUGAAGAGCACGGCGAUACACUGGCUUUACAAUAUGGAGGCUCGCAAUUGGUGCACCGGAUAAAAACAUACAGGAAGACGGCUCCGUGGGGAUCCCAGGGAAGCGAUGUGAUGCAGACCCUCAGUCGGUACUACAGCAACACGUUCAGUGACACCGAAAAACAGCAUAGUAUUAACCUAUUCUUGGGCAUAUAUAAGCCCAGUUUGACAAAGCAGGGUCAACCCAUAUGGGAGCUGCAGACUGACUACGACAUGCACAACGCCUUUGUGCCCAGAACAGAUAGUAAGCCGCUUACCGACUGGGUGCGCCACAAGGUUCGUGAGUGUCUGCCCUACUCCUGUGCCGACUCGAAUAAACUGGUUAAGGAGCUGUUUCGCGUGCACAGUAGUGGGCUGGAAAUGAUCGAUGCUUACUCGAAUUACCAUCAGUCCUUCAAGUGGACUGAUCUUAGCGAGCACAUCGCUUUUGAGAUCAGUCAAUUGGCGCUGCGAUAUAUGCCCACAUUCCGCACAAAUUACAGUCCCUUCCAGCGACAGAUCCAGACUUCGCGAAAGACUCGUCAGAAUCCCUCUAUGACAGGACAAAGCUCUACGGGCUCUAUGAACAGCAACUCUUCUAGCUCCAGCGAGGGUGAUGAUAGCUCAAGCGACGAGGAGUUGAGUGCCAGUUUUGCAGAGAAGGAUAUUAACCAAACGGAAUCUACGGAAACUGCCGCUGCCACACUGGCAUCAGGGUUGCCCUCAAUGGAGGAAAUAUACGGAUGUACGAUCAAUCCGCCUUCCAAACAAAGCAUGGCUGUCUAUAAGAAGUACGUUCAAAUGGGCAAGCUUUCUAGCGGUGGUGCUAGACCAGCUCAGACAGCCGUUGCCCAGCGCGAUCAAGAGCUGGCCAAAAUCAUGCGAGGAAUCAUGCUAUGUCCUCUCAGUGAUUACGGCACUGACUCCUAUCUCAGCGUGCGCCCGCCGGUCGUUCCUCGCAAGAGUCUUCUAAUCUAUGCCGAGUACUGCCGCACUCGCAGCACGUUUAACGCAGUACCAAAAUUGGAGGAAUUCAAUGUACUCUAUCAGUAUGUGCAAAAACUAUAGCCUUACAUCAUUUAUAUAUAAUGUUUUAUUAUUUAGGUUUGUUGUUCUCAAAUUUUAUCUAAGAUUUUAUGAUUAAAAUAACGUUAUUUGGGUUAUUAUAAUGAUA